UUCAUUUCCUGAGAACUGCACUGAGCAGCUGAGAGACCGAAAGGGAGGGAGUCACACAGUGAGGGAGAGGACUCUAUAAGGGAAGGAAAACUGUUUCUCCAGCUCUGCAGCUAUUGACAAGAGCACAGUCACCGCUGACAACAUAAUGUUAAUGCUUGACGGGAUGCCAGCAGUAAGAGUCAAAACAGAGCUGUUGGAAUCCGAACAACGGUCUCCAAAAGUCCACAACUAUCCCACUAUGGAAGCCGUGCCUCUUUUACUUAGUAAAGUGAAACCAGAGCCUCCAGAGGAUUUGCUAUCAACUGACCAGUUCCAAACCCAGACUGAGCCAGUGGACUUGUCUGUACACAGAGCCAGGACCUCCCCCUUAGCUGUUUCAUCGUCACAGUCGUCACCCGUUUCCAUGGCGACAUCGGCCUUCUCCCCUUCUUCCUCCUCCUCAUCUUCCUCCUCAGGGCACACCUCUUCACCAACAGUCAUUGCCUCAGUAUCAUCAGCAUCGUCAACAGGCAUGUUAUCACCAGGCCCACUUGUGGCGUCCACCUCUGGGGUGCGGGGUCAGCAGUUUUUGCACAUCAUCCACCCAGUGCCACCUUCCAGCCCCAUGAACCUCCAAACUAACAAACUGACGAGUCACGUGCAUCGUAUCCCUGUGGUGGUCCAGUCAAUGCCUCUGGUAUACACAGCAGUGAGGUCACCAGGGAGUCUCAACUCCACUAUUAUGUUACCGUUGCUGGAGGAAGGCAGACACCAGGUCAAAGCACAAAUAGACCCAAAUGACUUGUCUCCAAGACAAAUCAAAAGCGACAGUGAUGAUGAUGACCUGCCAAAUGUGACCUUGGACAGUGUUAAUGAAACUGGAUCCACUGCUCUCUCUAUAGCAAGAGCAGUGCAGGAUUCCAUCUCACCAUUCAGUAUUGAAAGCACAAGGCGCCCACGGAGGUCAGAGUCCCCUGACUCGAAGAAGCGGCGCAUACACAGGUGCGAUUUUGAAGGCUGCAAUAAAGUGUACACAAAGAGCUCCCACUUGAAAGCACAUCGGCGGACCCAUACAGGUGAAAAGCCAUACAAAUGCACCUGGGAGGGAUGCACAUGGAAAUUUGCUCGCUCGGAUGAGCUGACGAGGCAUUACCGCAAGCACACCGGAGUGAAACCCUUUAAAUGUGCAGACUGUGACAGGAGCUUUUCUCGCUCAGACCACCUGGCCCUUCACCGCCGCAGACACAUGCUGGUUUGAAGAAGAUCCCUCCACACAAACACUGUAAGAGCAGGGUCUCUUAUAACCCGAGUUCAGCUGGGCUGAACCCAACCCCACCGUUCCCGCCCCGGAGCGUCCGGAAAAAGAAGGAGAUUCUGUGACUUCUAAAAUAUAGGCAUCCUGUCCCAUGCCUUUUAGCUAUGUUGCUUUUAAGUUUGGAGCUUAGGAAACUUAUUUUUGGGCAUCGUUUUUAAUGUCCUCUCCUUUUGUUUAUACUUCAGAAUGAAAUGUCUUGUUUUGUCAAACAAGUAUUAACACAUCAUCAUCAUAAAAAAGUGUUUUGAUUUUCAAAAAGGCGGCCUUUUCUGCAACAAUAAUGUGAAAGAACCAAGACCUCUGCAGAAGAGCAGGCCAUGACUCCAAGACAUCAUCAGCGCCCUGUUUCUCCAAUCAAUGAAGCCAGCGGAGCGGCUCACUCACAGUGUUUCCAAUGUGUUCAGAACUCUUAGGCUUGUCAGCUGUAGGAAAUCAAAGAGAUUAGUUUGUUUCUGGAGUCUUGCAAUAAGGAGUGGCGUUCAGAUAUCAACAAACAAUUGGUGGGCCCCAAGUUCUUGUGGAGUUGAAGAUUGGUGCUGCCACACAGAAUAAAAGUGAGGAAUCAACGUACCGCUUACUAUUUCUUUUAAGAGGAAUUUUUCUGUUGGAGAUCUGCACUUAAAAUCCAGUAUAACUGAUAUAGGUAGGGGUUGGAACCAGCAGAGCCCCCCAGCCCAAGGUACCAGACAUUGCCCCACUCCCUGGCUUCUAGGGAUUCUUUCCAUAUUGGUGGAGCUCUUCUUUUUUACAUAACACAUGUUAAAAAGGACCGUUCUCAAAAGCACAUGGACAACCCUAAUAAUCUCUAUCUGGGCUAACGGAGAUUGUGGGGCAGCCAGUAAAACCGCUUCAUUCUGUCUAUGUGAAUAUUUUUGUGUUCCUGACAUAUGAAAAGAAAUGCACCAGAUGCAUUGUACGCUGUGAUAAGCAAUCAGUAAGGUGCACUUUUAGUUUAUUGUGGGUUUUUUUUUUUUUUUUUUUAAAUCAUCAAAACUGCACUCUCUCAUACCCUUUUCAAUUUCUUAAAUCUGCCUGCGGAUAUACAGUAGUACAAAUCAAAGGCCACACCCCAUUUUAAAAAUAGCAAUAAACAUUAAAUAUUUAUACAUGCAUACCAUUGAAUAGCACUAUGUUAAGCACCAAGCAAGUACAUGUUCUUUAUGAUCCUAAUCCUAAUUAUGUGAAUCCCAGAGAAGCCUAUUGCUAUUGAUUUUUGUUGUCAAUUGGAUCAUCUGUUUGAAUAUAUCAACAUAAAAAGAGAGCAAUACUUUUUAUAAGUUGCAAAGAGUUUCUCUGAAUAUCUCACACCCUCUCAUGAUCCUUCAAAGAACCUGGAGCCAUUAAAACAAGUCCUGCUUUGCCAGUUAUAUUUCUCUAGACAGUAGUUUUAUAUAUGUUUAAUAGAGAAUGUUUAUAGCUGUGCUGACCAUCAGAUGAUGGAGACACAGAGAAUGACGUCACCUGUUGGUAAUACAGUACCUGUCUUUUAUUUACCAGCACAAUGUUCAAAUUGUAUGCAUAUGUUGCCACCUGUAUGAUAGAUGUAUUUGCAAGUGGUUGGCAGUCUCAAAGUUAAAGCCAAGCAUACUUUGUUGUGUGUGGGUAUUAUUAUUUGUUUUAGGUUUGAUUAUGUUGAAACAAAUCCAGAUUAUUUUGGCAAGUUUUAUUCUGAUAGAAGAGUUCAGUAUUAAACAUUGGAUUUAUAAAAGAAUGUGCUGGAAGAUUAGAUUAAUAACCCAAAGUGGAGAGUCUGAUCCCAUUACCUGUGCAUUAAAGUAUUACAGAACACCCUGCAAGGUUUACAAGAAACACAUUACGUUACAUUUGCUGUGUCCCGUGUUGCCUGUAUCACAGUUUCUUACAUCUUUAACAUAUUGCCGACUCUUGACAUUUUUAAUCACACAUCAUGGUUCAUAUAUCAACUGGGUAAUACAUUUCUCAACAUUUACUCAGGAAUAUUCACCAGGAGAAAAAAAAAAAAACCUGUUCUAAGGAUGACGGUGUAUCCAGAUCACAUUCCCUCCUGCAACAAUGUUGGUUUUCUGUUCCCACAAUACACCACUCGCAAGUUCCCACAAUUCGCAUCAGCAUUGUUCCAGGAGAGAGAAUGAACUGGAUAACUGUGAUGUUUGGAAGAAAACAUCAGAGUUUGGAAGUAGGCAUCGCAAUUAUCAUACAGUUUGUUGCAUCACACAAUUUCUCCACCACCACUUUCUCAUAAUGACGCCAGCAUGGAGAGUAAGAUAGCUCAAGGGGUGGCCCCUCCUCAUUCUCUAUGAUCUCUGUGCGCCUCCUCACACUCUGUGAUUGCCAUUCCCCUCCUCAUGCUCUGUGAUCUCCAUGCCCCUCCUCAUGCUCUGUGAUCUCUAUGCCCCUCCUCAUGCUCUGUGAUCUCUAUGCCCCUCCUCUUGCUCUGUGAUCUCCAUGCCCCUCCUCAUGCUGUGUGAUCUCCUUGCCCCUCCUCACUCACAGUUCUCUCCAUGCCCCUUCACCAAGCAAUCAUUCCCUCUACCUUGGCUCUAGUAUUAUGAAGUGAAAUGUGAGAGAAAUGGUAAUAGGGAAUAGCUGAAAGUUGACUAUGUGACCUGGUUAGAUUUUAGAUGAUGAGUGGCUUUCACAAAUCCUCCCAAACACACCAGUCAAGAAGGAUUAGUAGGAAUCUAUCAUAUCCAAUGGAUCCUUUCCUGUAAUAAACCAACAAUACCACAAUAUAUUACAUGUGAAUAAAUACAUAAAUAAAUAAAAGGACUCUCAUAGAGUCAGGGAUUUCUUAAGGCCUUAUCCUGCCAGAAGAAAUACAUUUAAUGGGCUUUGUUUAUACAGUACAUAUCCAGUAUAUUAUUAUGGGCCAAAUGCUGCCAUGGAAACUCAAAAUGGCCAGUCAUUGUGAUAGACAAGUAGCCUUCAGAAAGCUCCUGCCUUCACAAGUUGUGGCAUUGUUGGUAUCCUUAUCCAGAGUGGGGAUGAGGCCAGUUUUAGCUGCUCAUAUGGCUGUUAACUUUUCUCUUGCUUUUCCAUGUAGCUGAAAUAAAACAGCAGGCCGCAUGGAACAACUGUCUGCCUGUCCAGGGUGUCCCUAGUAUUAGUUUUCCACCGAGUGUCUGAAGAUGGAAGUCAGUAUGUUUGUUGUAUGUGUCUGGAUUGAAACAACUUCCCCUUCUUCUUAACAAAAAUACUACCCUGCACUUUGAGCCGUUUUUCAACAUUUUGCCAAUGAUUUAAAAAAGAAAAGUUGAUGAUGUAGUAUCCCUUCUCUACAGGUCUACAUAACGUCCCAUCUCUACAGGGCAACCUUUAAAUUUCAGUGGUAGAAAAAAUAUUUUUAUACACAUAUUAGAGGCUAAUAAAAUCACACCAUUUUCUUUUCUUUGAUAGUUUGUCUUCUCAUAAGAAUUCUUUAACUGGUUCAAAUUAUUUGUCAUUAAAAAUAUGAUUGUAGGUAUAUUGGGUUGGAAUUCUCUGGGGGCUGUAUGCAGUAUUUUAAGUUUAGAUUUUUGUUAAAACAAAAUUCUAAGAAUUCAAAAAAUCUGUUAAACAGUAAUCAAAGAGGCGGGGGGGGCGGAGGGUUUGAACAUUUAAGCAACAUGAAUACUUAUAGUUGGCAAAAAUUUGAACACCUGUUAUUUACUAAGAAAAGAGGUCAAACAGGUCAUACCUUUUAACCAAAAUAGGUUCCUUACCCAAAUCAGUUACUGUUUCUAGCAUAUUUUUAAAAUUCUUAACUUGGAAAAUAUUGUUUAGAUUUCCAUCAGAACUUUUUAUUAAUUAUUUAGCAAGGGGGCACUUCAUCUUUACAACUGAAUAUUGUACUGUACAACAGUUGUUUAAAUAUUAUGUAAUAUAUGUGAUAGUGAAAAGUAUUUUGCGAUUCAUAGUUUUUACGUAGGCUGUAAAUAGUUUAAAAAAGUACAUUUGAAAGGUUUCUAAUUUUAAACAAAGAAAAAACACAUUGUAUAACUUGCAUAUCCAGUUAAUAUAAAUGAUUUUUUGAAGAACAACUUUGAAUCAUGAAUAUAAAUCUUUUUUGGUAUGAUUUUCUAGUCUUCUAUCUUAUCAAGACAAAACAGUGUUUUUUUUUUUUUUUUUUUUUUUUUCUCAUGAUCAGUGGUCACAGUGUUUCUUUUAGAAUCUAAAACCCAUUGCCUGUGAUACACUACAUCAUCGGGGUACACUUGGCAUUGAGAAUCUGUAACAUCAGAAUGCUUUCAAUCGCUUUUAGGAAAAAAAAUAUACCUGUAACUAUUCAAAAAAAGUCCAUGCCUUCUAUUAAAGUAAGGCAUUCGUAUUCUCUGUCUGCGAUGUGUUAGGAUAUUGACAGGACUUUGCUGACUGUGGUGAUGCCUUGUAUUACCAGAACAGAGUUACAGUUUGGCGCAGAAUUGUGUAUAUUCAUAUACAGAACUGACUUGCAAUACAAGUGGCAUACAUUACUGACAAAACCCUGAGCUUGCACAAGAUGAACAGGUUUUAUACCUCAUUAAUGUCAGAGUUCAAUUUAUAUUUGUAGGACAGAUAUUAAAAGGCAACAGAUACCAUUAACUGUUGUCCAAAGACUGGAAUACCAAACCAUUAUAUGAAUGAUUCAUGAUUUAAAAACUUUGUUUAUUCUUAAAAAAAAUGAAAUUCUUUGUUUUAUACCAAUACUGUUGAAGAUUUUCUCUGCAUUGUACACUAUGUAGUUUAGACAAUAACAAUGUUACAAGUUUACUGAUAUUAUGUAAGUGUUGUUCUUGUAUUUAUGUAUAGUGUAUGUAUUGUAAAUAUACUCAGAGCUUUUCAUCUUACUGUAAAUGGUGAUAAAGGGAGUCCAUGGUCAUGAAAUUCUGUCAGAGGGUGAUACUUCCUUAUCUCUUUUAAGAGACUGAAAUGAACAAGUGUUAAGUUUCUUUUGUUUUUUUCCUAAACAUUCUGUCAGUGCAUCGCUUUAUUUUCUGUACUCAACUUUCAUAUGAACUGAGCUGUGAAUUGAAAUAGAGUUUAAACCUAUAAAUGUAUGCAUUUGUAUAAUUAUCUGAAUGGAGGCAUGAAGGUAAAUAAAGUUGCAUUUUGUAUGUAACAAACAGGACUGACUCCAGAGCCUUGCUGUCAGUCAAAAGAUGGCAUCAGCUACAGUAUGAGAGAAGAAUCUUUCAAGCACAUUUUUAGUUCAUGUGAUUUCAUAGAGUGGAGGUGUAAACUCAGGCAUUUUAUGUUACCCCAGUACUAGACACACAAAAAUACCAUCAGGAUACAGAAUGAAUGGCAUGAUACAUACAGUAGUGAUGCUAACAUGGUAGCACACUGGUAUAUGGUACAAGCCAUUGUGGUGCCAUUUGGUACUGUAUGUGAAAAUACCACAACGAUCACACUGAUAUUCAUUAAAACAAAUGUGUUGGUGUGGAAUUUAGAAUUUGGCUCACAACCCAACUGCAGAGAUCUUACAUCAAAGCAUAAAAAGACAAAGUAUACAGUAUGCAACUACAGUAGCAACCAAUCCAAUUCAAAUUUAGAAAAUACACUGAUCAAUAGGGGUCUGAGGGAAUGCCCACUGAGCAUAUGGCAGAAUGAAUUUUUGAAUUGUGUAUUUGGUUUCAGAAAACAGACAUGAAUGAAAUAUAGACCAAUAGCACCUUUUACUGCUGACGGUUUCUCCCUUGACAAAACUUUCAAAAAUAGUUUUUUUUAAAUAUCCAGACCUUACCAAACAGAACUCGAGGUACAAAACAUUGCUUCCAUCUGAUACUGUUGUUCACAAGUCUCUAGUAAUGAUGUGAGGCAUGCGUGACAGGGGGUGUGGGUUAUUCACAGACAGGAGACACAGAGGUGAUUUUGAUGACAUCGCUUAGGAUUUAAUUACAAGACAAACUGAAGAAUCAAGAUGCUACCAGCUAUGGUAAAUCAAGGCCAACAUAAAAUGUAUAAAAGGCAAAAUAAAACGCUGAAACAAAUCUGCAAACAAAAAGCGACGAGCGCUACUCCACUAACAACAGAGAUUCUUCUUACACACCUCACUCCUAUACUUUCACAUGGCAUCUAAAUCCCUAAACUAAUCCUUAUUCCAAAUAUAAUUAAACUACGACCCCGAUUGCACUCCCACAUGUGGUCGUCAUCGACUUUGGCUUCUCCUAUAACAACUACAGCCCUGAUUCCACUUACACACGCCGUCGUAGUAGGCUUCAGCUUCUCUUAUAACAACUAAAGCCUCGUAGCUCACGUAGCUGCGGCCCCUUUGAACUAUUAAACUCCUCCCUGUGAUAAGUACGGUGCCACUGUCUCUCCAAUCCACAGCUGAUCACAAUAGAGUUGUUCAGCAGGCUUUCACCAAGAUCGCCAACUUCCAGCUCCAUCCUACUAUCGAGUCGGCCCACCCCAAGAAGGUGUACCACCAACUUUACUUAGCGCCCUUCCAGGUCGGGAGGUA